AUUCAUACAACUCAUGAAACUUUAUCAGUGUUAUUCCGAGAAUGUAAUUUAUAUUUUCCAAAAUAUAUGUUAUUUGUUACUCCGUUUGAAAAUACCAGCCGGCAUAAAGUAUAUUGAAUUUAUGUAGCGUUCGAAACAGUGUUUACGUUUAUCGUCAGAGCGAAAGGUUGUUUCGUAGGUCAAUGCUCUGUUAUUUUUGUUAAUAUGGCGACCGUAGACCGACUGUAUGUGCUCUACAAUAUUAUAUCUGACGCCAAAGACGAUGCAGCUAAACAUGAUGCCGAGUUUGCAGAGAUCUUAACUGGUGUGAAGGGAGGAUCCGGUGAGAGAAGACUAACAUCACAAUUCAUUGCUCGGUUCUUCCACCUGUUUCCCACUCAUCAAGAUCAGGCAUUAAAUGCUCUUUUUGAUCUUUGUGAAGAUGACGAUGUCACAAUACGUAAGCAGGCCAUCAAAGACUUGCCAAGCCUCUGUAAGGGUCGCACAGAAUUGGUACCGAAGGUGGCUGAUAUCUUGGCCCAGUUAUUGCAGAUGGAAGACCAAGCUGAGUUAGCUGCUGUUCAGAAUUCUCUUGUUACUCUUCUUAAAACAGAUGCUAAAGGAACACUGACAGGACUCUUCUACCAAAUUGAACAUAGUGAAGAUGAGUUAGUACGUGAACGAUGCAUCCGCUUUUUGCACACAAAGAUUCGCUCCUUAGGGUCUGAAGUAUUUAACACCGAAGUGGAAAAUUUGAUUCUUACUGAAGCCAAAAAGGUUUUACAGGUUGCUUCAUCAGAAGACGAAUUUACUUUAGUUAUGGGAAUCCUCCGUGAAUUGAAAUUGUGUCAAACCAUAAAGGGUUACCAGCAGCUAGUUGACCUUGUGGCUGAACAGGUAGACUUUACAAGACCCUUUGACCCAGCAGACUUAGAGAGUGUGCAUCGUCUUGCUACUUGUACCAAGCAGGCUUUACCCUAUUUCUCUUCACAAGUACGGUCUACACAGUUUGUAGAAUACAUGUGGCGGGAAGUUGUACCAGCAUUGGAUCAUCUGGAGUCAGCUGUUGCUGAUGGUGGAAACAAUGCUGCUCUCAUUCUUGAUUUACUCAAGAUUAUGGCUGAACUUGUACCACAUGCAGGCAGCAUAGAAGAUAUCGGCUUGAAAGUCCUGGCCAUUUAUGACAAAUUGCUGGAAGUGAUGCCCCUCCCCCCAGAGGGUGAUGCAGCAACAGAGGCCUUAGAAGGUGGAGUGAGCUUGGAGUUUUCACGUGUUGAGUGUCUUCUUUUCACUUUCCACCAACUUGCAAAACAUAAUCCAGAGUUCCUCAAUGAAAAUCCAGAUCGCCUAAAAGACUUCAGACUUCG